AGAUUGAUCCAUUAGCUCAUGAGAUAUCACCCAAAGAAUGUAGACAUGAAGUGUUAUCCACCAAAAUUGAAGUCAAACUUAAAAAGGAAAAACCGGGAAUUAAAUGGGGUGUUCUUGAGGGAGAUGAUUCUCUUGCUGGAUCUUUUUCACAAUCUGAUGGUAAUAAAUUAUCUUAUCCUUCAUCAGCACGUAACGCCAAAAAUUGGGACAAGUUGGAGAAAGAAAUUAGCAAAGAUCAAGAAAAACCGGAAGGUGAAGCAGCACUGAAUUCAUUGUUUCAACAACUUUAUAAGGAUGCAGAUGAUGAUACCAGACGAGCUAUGUUAAAGAGUUACACAGAGAGUAGUGGUACUUGUCUUAGUACAAACUGGGGUGAAGUCAGUAAGAGCAAGGUGGAAACGAAACCUCCUGAAGGAAUGAUUGCAAAAAAG